AUACCAGAAGAUGUCUUGCAAGAGAUGCUACCGUUCAUGAACAUCCCCUCUCUUCUGGCGUUCGCGAAAAAUUCGCCGGUGUACGAGCGUUGGGUGAUAACACACCUCGACCUUUCACUCAACAAUGCGCUUCGUAUGUUUGUGGACGAUCCGCGCGGCUUACGCUCCCUCAUGCGUCUGCUCGGCGCGGUCAUCUCCGGCUCCUUCGCGCUCGCAUUCAUGGUCAGGGACGACAACCUCCGGUUCACCCCGAACGACCUGGAUGUCUAUCUUCCUGCCCAGUACGGCCGACGCUUCGCGCAGUACCUCGUGGACGUCGAGGGAUACGCUGUAGUGGGUCAGACUCGGCUGCCGUAUGGUAUGGCACACGAAGUCGUGCUCGCCCUCGGGAAAGGCUCUUCCCGCAUCGAGGUCAUCCCGUCCACGUCCGGCAGCGCCCUCCUUCCUAUCGCCCAUUUCUGGUCGUCACACGUCAAGAACUUCAUCUCCGCGGACACCUUCUGUGUCGCCUACCCCGAACAAACUUUCAAAGGCCGUGGCCUGCUAUCG